AUGGGUGACAAGUCAGAAUCAAAGUCAACCACUUCAGGCAUGACUUCUCACUCACAAUGGGAAAAUCCCAACCAUCCACUUUUCCUUCAUCACUCGGACCAACCUGGUGCAAUUCUUGUACCACAGCCACUGAUGCAAGAUAAUUAUAGCACAUGGGUUCAGUCCAUGAGCAUGCCCUUAACGGUCAAGAACAAACUUGGACUUGUUGAUGGAACAAUCAAGGAACCAAGUGCAAACAAUCCUAAGGAGUUACAACAAUGGAACCGCUGCAACAACUUGGUCAAGACAUGGCUACUAGGGUCUAUGUCGAAAGAAAUUUCAGGGAGUGUCAUCAACUGCAAGGAUGCUCGACAGAUGUGGCUUGACUUGCAAGAGAGAUUUUCACACGUAAAUAUUGUUCAACUAUUUCAUAUAAAGAAUGAAAUCCAUGAUUGCAUACAAGGUAACAUGAGUGUAAGUUCUUAUUUCACAAAACUUAAAAGCUUGUGGGAUGAACGCGAUGUCUUGUGUUCAAUCCCAGCAUGCAAUUAUGAAACAAAGAAAGAAAUCAUAUCAUAUGUUGAAACUCAGAAAACAAUGAAGUUCCUUAUAGGAUUGAAUGACUCAUAUGCUACUGUUCGAAGCAAUACUUUUCUUCUUGACCCACUGCCCAUGGUGAAUAAGGCAUAUGCAUUAGUCUUUCGACAUGAACGGCAGGCAGAAGUCUCUAGCGGGAAGAACACUCAACCAGAAGCUGCUGUUUUUGUAGUGAAGAACUCUAGCUGA